AUGGCGACAAGAAGUGCUACACGUGCUACCGAUGCGGAACAUGCGAGAGAGCCGCAAUUUCAUGCGCCGUUAUUCCAGUCGGAGAAACCUGACCUAUGGUUCAAACAAUUCGACAUACACUUCGAGGCAAACGAGACGAACGCGGGCGAGAUCGCUGAUAUAAUCAGCAAUCCGCCCGAAAAAGACUGUUACGAAACGCUGAGGACGGAGAUGGUCUGCGCAACGCGUAGCAAUCAAUUGCAAAGGCUAUUCGAACAAGAAGAAAUGAGUGACCGGACACUGUCGCAGUUCCUCCGCCACAUGAGGACGUUGGCAGGUGAAACCGCGACAGAGGAUAUCCUAAGGACCUUGUGGUUAAACAGAUUGUCACAAGUAGUCCGGACAGUCACGAGCGUUGGACAUCCCGUUAGAACAACUAGCAGUCGCGGAGAGCGUACUGCAAAUCACGAGCACCACCAGGGAUUUCGAGCUGCGUCAGGAGCUGAAGGAGCUCCGAAAUCAGAUGACCGAGCUCGUCAAGACUUUCGCCCAAACCUCGGCACGAUAAACAGCGAGAUCACGAUCAAAAAGCCGGCGAAGGUCGUAAUCGCCAGUAUCGAGGGACCACUGCUGGUACCAUCGGACCUUCGGCAACAGAUCCACGAAAUGUCAGCCGCCGAGCAAUUUCCAGUCGAGAAAUGGAGAGUCCCGACACUAGAUACAGCUAAUAGUGACGGGCCAAGGACAAGCUGUCUCUUCGUCACCAAUCUCGUGACGAAAAUGGCGUUCCUAGUCGACACCGUGAGUGCUAUCGCGUACAUGUAUGAAAGGCCGAAGAGAGCAAUGUAUGCGGCAAAUGGGACUACCAUAAACACCUAUGGAGCGGAUCUCCUAACCCACUACGGGCUGCUCGUCGACCUCCGACGCCGCCGAUUAUUGGACACCACGACAUCGCUUUCCUCAACGGGGAAGAUCGCCAACGGAGAACCGACUUCAGUGAGGACCAUUGUGGACGACUCACCGUACCACCAGCUCCUCGCCAAGUACCCGGACGUCACGAGACCAACAGCGAAUCCGCGUAAGGUAAAGCACGAUGUCGUCCAUUAUAUCAAUACGACGCCUGGUCCGCCAGUGCAUUGCAGACCGCGUAGACUGGUAUCGGAUAUGUAUAAGAUCGCGCAUACAGAAUUUAGCGAGUUAAUGAGCCAGGGACACAUCCGCCCAUCCAAAAGCCAGUGGGCUUCCGCCCUACAUAUGGUUCCAAAAAAGGAUCACAGAUGGCGAGCCUGUGGCGAUUAUCGCGCAUUAAAUUCACGAACGGUACCCGAUCGACAUCCGAUACCACAUAUCGAAGACUUUUCGCGAAUGCUCUCCGGGAAGAAAAUAUUCUCGACCAUGGACCUGGUACGCGCUUAUCAUCAGAUACCGGUCCAUCGUGGGGACAUACCGAAAACCGCGAUCACAACACCCUUGGAUUUGUACGAAUACACCGUAAUGCCAUUCGGAUUGAGCAAUGCUGCGCAGAUCUUUCAGCGGUUCAUCGAUACCGCUCGACUUUUGUUACGCGUACGUGGACGACAUUCUAGUUGCCUCCUGAGACGAAAAAGAACAACGCGAACACUUGGAACAACUGUACGGCGUAGUAGUCAAUCCAACUAA